AUGUCCAAAUCCUUCUCGUCUUCUUCUCUUUUAUGUUCUGUGUAUCCUGAAGAGGUGUCAGAUCAGAGUGAUCAUGACGACCAUGAAUCAUCUUGGGAUGGAAAAACUGAUGAAAUGUUAGUGCAUGAUGAACCACUGCAUGUUCCCGAAGCAGAAGAUCAAGAAUCCUCAGCAUCCUCAUUGGCACGUGCCUUUGAAAUACCCAUUCAAUAUCAAUCUUUAAAAAAGCAACAAAAGAAGAGAAAAAAGAAUAGAACUACUUCUACCACUACGACUGCACCUUCUCUCAUUUCCAAGACGGUGGAUCAUGAUAAUCACAAGAAACAUGACACGUUAUCAGUAGAGAACCAAUUGAGUGUCAUGAAAGAUCCUACCCAUCAUCAUGAUAGUUCUUCUAGUUCAACAUCAUCAUCUAUCAAAUUAUUGGAUGAAAUUAAUUUUCAUUUUCCAAUUUCAUAUUCUAAAAUUAUGACUCGAUCCUUUCUACCAAAAUCCAUUGAAGUCUAUCAAUUCAGUGCAGAAUAUACUAAAAAAGUAUUAGAUUUAGCAAUGAAUUUUGAAAUUAUUAAUGAUCAAAAAAAUCAAAUCUUUAAUUAUGGUUUUUCUGAUAUUCAAGAUGCCAUCGAUGAAUUGAUCAAGAUUCCUCGUUAUGAAAAGUCGAAUCGAAAGAAUAUUGAAAAGUAUCUUUCAAUAUUUAAUGAUGGAAAUAUGAUUUUUACAAGUGAUCAAUUUGUUACUUGUCAAAAUGAACAAUUUGGUAAAAUCUAUGUAUUGAAUAUUCAUGCAUUUAAUGUAGCCAAUGAUUGGAAUAAUAGUGGUGGUAGUAUUGGUGGUAGUAUUGGUGGUAGUAUUGGUGGUAGUAAUGGUGGUGGUCAUGGUGGUAGUCUCAAAAAGUCAUACACCUCUCGUGAUCAUGACACAUGGAAUGACUUGUCAAGUGUUCAAUUAUUUUGUAUGGAUAUGAAUGCAGAGAAAUUGAUAGCUUUUAAAAAUAUGGAGCGAGUGAGUUGGAUGACUAGAAAUAACAAAACGACGUCGUCAAAUCAAGAGAUCAUGAUGAAUACCAUUCGAAAACAACGUCAAAUUGGUCAUGUUAAAAUGAUUCGUCCAUCCAUAAGUACCAACUCGAAAAUGGUGAAAGCAGGUCAUUCACUCUUUAUAUUCACCAGUGACUCUUAUUUGAGUGAAGAUGAUUAUUUAGAUUAUCAAUACAUGAUAUCAUCUCCUACUCAGACACGUCCAUUGAAAUACAAUCCAAACGCUAUGGUGAUUUAUACGAUUAAUCAUAUUCAUGAUCCAGAUCAAAUAUCUUUUGAUAUUGCACUCGAUCAAGCGACUCACUUUAUUUCUAAAAGAAGAAAUUAUUCUUUAUGUGUAUGUGGUGAUAUUUUACUAUUUGGAGGAAUUGAAUUGUAUGAUGAUUCAAAUCACCACCACCAUCAUGGAGAAGAGGGUAUUCUUCUUCAAAAGACUACUACUACUACUCGCAGACAUAAUCAUGUGAGUAGUGAUCUCUAUGUGAUUAAAUAUGAUCCCUAUCAUCCUGGACAUAUUCAACAAAUUGAAAAGAAGGAAUAUUCAACCAAUAUUUCAUGGCCAUGUGCUCGUCAUUCUCACUCGGUGUGCUCUUCUGCUUCUGUCAUGUACAUUUAUGGAGGUAUUGAUGAAAAUGGAAAUGUUUUAAAUGAUUUGUAUAGUUAUGAUAGCCAUACCAAAGAGUGGAAUGAAAUUAUUAUUGAUUCAUUGAUACCACCUUCUCCUAUUCAUUGCCUAUCUUCUCUAUUAUUCCAUACAGGACGAUAUUUAAUUUUGAAAUGUUGGAUGAAGAAUGAAUCAUCCAUGGAUGAUAUACUGAAAGAUCCAAAAACAACAACAACAAGUAGUACUACUCCAAUCUCGAACAUGAUCACCACUCAAUCCUUUAAAUUAGAUUUGACUACAAAUACAUGGAGUAUGAUACAUGAUAUCAUUCCAUUGCAUGAAGAGAGUCAUCGAGAUUCUAGUCGUAAGGGUCAUAUCACAACUAGUCCUUGUUCAUCAGCACCCAUUCUCAUUCAAAAUUGCAAUUAUAUUGUAUCCAUACCUAGUGCUAGUCUAAGUGCAAGUGCAAGUACAAAUACUACUACUACUACUACUACUACUACUACUACAAAUACCACUCAUCCAUCCUCAUCCUCUCUAUUCACCUACUCUCCUCUGCACAUGUAUGAAAUGGGAGCAUCCAAACAAUUUGUUGGAAAUUAUUUAUUGCAACGAAAACAAGAAAAUUAUCUUGUGGAUGUUGCAUUUAAAUUACAAGAUGAAACAUUUAGUGAUGUAUCUCAUUAUUUAUUAGCACAUAAAUGUGUGAUUGCUGCAAGAUGUCCAUAUUUAUAUCAACAAAUAUUGGAUUCAACUGAAACCUUACAGAGAAGUGAGUUUAUGGGUGGUCAUAUCACAUUUCCAACUCAUGACAUGUGUGACACCAUUCCUUUGGUGAGAGUAGCAUUAGGAUAUGAAAAGAUUUUUGAAUUGUAUUUGAAUUUUAUUUAUAGUGGAGAAGUGAAAUUGAAUCAUGAUCAUACAAGUCAUGGAGGAACUGCAACAACUACGAGUCAUGGAGGAACUGCAACAACAACAACAGCAACUAGUACUAUUCCUACUACCACUGCUUUACCUACUAUUCCUACUACCACUGCUUUACCUACUAUUCCUACUACAACUACUUUGAUAAACACUCACACUAUUUUGAAUGAGGAUGUUCAUUUAUUCCUUGAAUAUUCAAAACUUGUAUCUCCAAAUGCUCAUUAUCCCUUCUUAUUGAAAUUAUUUGAUCGAGAAUAUAAAAUGAAUAUGAAUCUAUGUGUUGAAGGAUAUCAACAAUACAUGUCUGAUUUGAAAAGACUCUAUGAAAGCAAAUUAGAAAGUGAUAUUCAAUUAGUAUUUUCUCCAUCCUCAAGUACAAGUCGUAGCAAUGGUAAUAAUACUACUUGUAUUAGUUCACAUCGAUUAUUCUUAUCACGUUCACCCUAUCUCUCAAGAGUGUUUGUAACAGGAGGAAUGUAUGAAGCUAAUUCAGAAGUGGUUGAAAUGGAUGAAGAAUAUUCAUUUCCAGUGAUGGAAAAUAUCAUUCAAUACUUUUAUACGGAUCAAAUUCAUUUGAAUGGAAAUAAUUGUCUUGCAACAUUAUUGAAUUGCAAUUUAUUUGAAAUGCCAGAAUUAUCCAUGUGUGCUCGAUCGAUUGCCAUUGAUUUAAUAGAUGAUUCGAAUGUAUGGGAUGUUAUGAAUUUGGCAUUAAGUUAUCAUGAAGUGACAUUGAGAUUGGCAUGUGAAUCAUUUAUUUCAACACUCAUGGAUCGCGUAUCCAAGAAGGAAGAAUUAUUAGCGUUGCCUUAUGAAGUAAGACGUACCAUUUAUGAAAGAUGGCGUCGAAUUGGUCAAAAACAAGGUUUGAAAAAGGGUCGAAGAAAGAGGUAA